AUGAAUCAGGAUACGAGGCCCCAGUUUCUGUUUCUCGCUGAAGAUCUCCAUGCUUGCAUUCUGACCUUCCUCUCUUACCGAGAUAUUCUUCGAUGUACGUCCGCGAGCAUCAUUUCCCUUGUUGCCAUCGAUACUCCUAAGUGGGAUUUUGUACUGACACUCAUCUUACAGUACAUUGUUGAACUCGGUGGUCAACAACUGCUCCCUGUCGGUCUCGGAGCCCACAACCACACUCCCAUUUCAGAGCGCCUACGACUCCUGAGGGACAAAGCUCACGCAUGGUUUAAGUUUGACACUCGACCUGUCCAAACAGUCGUUGUACCAGAAAGGUUUAGAAAUGAGAAAACAUUUGUCUCCAAUGGGCAUCUCUGCCUCGGCCACGCUAAUGGCCCAGGCUUCGCCAAGAUAUCUUCAAUACUGCCAAAGCCCACAAAACAAGGAAUCAACCGUGAAUGGCACUGUCUUGAAUCGCUGUUAUCAGUUCCCAAUGCACACAACAAUGGUGUACUCAUCGACCCAGAGCAAAACCUAGCUGCUGUCGUAUACGAAAUCAUUGGCAAAUCGGGUGCCUAUAUCGACCUUUUGGCUUUGGAUGGAGAUGGUUCCCACCCCAGAGCUGUUGGACCGACACUCUCUACGGUGCAGGGGCUUCCCAGACGUCAGAGCAUUACCCAGACGCGCGAGAGUUGGAGGCUUGACGGUCUGGGGAGGCAUAUUGCUCUCUGGCAUUUCCUGCGACUCUAUGAUCCACACAGGAGCCUAUUAUGGUUGCAGAUUUGGGACUGGCAACAUUCAACAACGUCCAAUUGCAUCCUCAGGGACACUUUAUUCGCUUACGGGCUCGAGGAAUCAAUUGAUUCCUGUUUCCUCGGAAACAACAGAUUGCUAAUUGCCAGCGACAAAUUGAAGAUCUAUUCAAUCGAGGAUAUGUCCCAGGCACCGCAGUUGCUGGCAUGUUUCUUGUUGCCUUCCAUAGUUGAUGCCGUCAAAUGCUUUCCUACCACGGACAAUAUCGCACAUAUCUCACAGACGGGGAUGCAACACACAACAUGGGCCUCAGACCCUAGUGAUCGAGUACUAUGCCUUUUGGCAGCCCCUCCUUUGGCCCUUUUUGUCAUUUCCACUAGCACUUUUUUCGAGCUCGACUUCUUCGAAGAAAUGGCAACGGCAAUACCUUGGAAGAUUUGGGGCCCUUCAAAUACUCGUAUUUUCAAGCAUGACUCCAGCUUUGGUGUUGGCGUUGGCGGGAGUCGAGUCUUGAGGGCAGUCCCAGCAUGCUGCACGAAGCAUGGAUCAUGA